AUGGCCUCUGGGGACCUGGCCAUGGGUGUGGUCUUCUUGACCCAGACUGUGGUUGGAAUCCUGGGGAAUUUCUGUCUCCUCUCCUCCUCCCUCUGCCUUUACUGCUCUGGGUGUAGGUUAAGAUGCACAGAUUUGAUUAUUAGGCACCUGACUGUAGCCAACUUCCUUUUCCUGCUCUUCAGGGGAGUCCCACAGACCAUGGCAGCUCUUGGGUUUAGACAUUUCUUCAGUGAUCUUGGAUGCAAACUUGUUUUCUAUGUUCACAGGGUGGGCAGGGGUAUGUCCUUCAGCAGCACCUGCCUCUUGAGUGUCUUCCAGGCCAUCACCAUCAGCCCCAGGGACUCCAGGUGGGCAGAGCUCCAAGUGAAAGCCCCCAGGUACACUGGCACCUCUGUGUUCCUGUGCUGGAUCCUCCACCUGCUGGUCAAUAUCAUUGUUCCUGUGCAUGUGACUGUGAAUAGGGGUGACAUUAAUAUGACACAGAGAAAAAAAUUUGGAUACUGUUCUGAUGGUAAUUAUGAGAGAAAUGUUUAUGCCAUAAAUUCAGCCUUGCUGUCGUUCCCUGAUGUGCUGUGUUUGGGGAUCAUGCCCUGGGCCAGUGGCUCCAUGGUUCUCAUCCUGUACAGGCACAAGCAGAGGUUCCAGCACCUCCAUGGCAGUCGUCCCUCCCGCAGGUCCUCGGCUGAGUCCAGAGCUACUGAAACAGUCCUUCUUCUUGUGAGCACCUUUAUGUCUCUCUACACUCUCUCCUUCACCAUACACAUUUGGUGGGGUGUUUCUGGUAAUGUGAGUGAGCUGCUGGUGUACCUCUCUGCCUUAACCAAUGCAUCUUUCCCUGCUCUCAGCCCCUUUAUUCUCAUGAGCAGAGACACCAAUGUGUCUAGGCUCUGCUGGAGUAGAACGUCCCCUAGUGUCCUCAGGAACAUGUGA